AUGUCGAUGGAACUUAAAAUCACACGCCUUCGUCAACUUCCAUUGAACACAUUUAGAUCCAUCACUCUAAAUGAUACCAUUCCAAAUGAGAAAAAGGAUCGAGAUGAAUUCCCCUGUGAGAAGCGUCUUUUAUUUGACCUCCCAUCAUUACUGGAAGCACAUAAGCGUGGCGUUAUACCACACUUGACGGAUAACUAUUGUAUGAACUCUAUUCUUAUAUCUGAGUUAUUGCUUCAUCAAUUAGAUAAGAGGAACAAAGACGCACAGAAGGUACUCAGAAAGAAUGAUUCUUCUACAGAUGUUGUGGAAGCACAACGGUUGCGGGACCUGUUGGAUUUUAUUUUUUUGCAUAAGAAUGAAAAGUGGAUGAUAUUUCAGCAAAAAGGCGUAAAUGAACAUAAAGGAUUUUUACGUGACCUUGGCUUGGAGAAGGAUCUUCUUAACGAGCACCGAUAUAUUAGUUGGGCGCUUUACAUGAAAGAGAACAGUUGUGAUAAUGUUCUGUAUAUAACAGAAAAUGACAAGUUAAGAAAGUGUGCACAAGAGAAAGGUGUUUCUACAACGACGGCUACUGAUUUUUUUAAGUAA